GAAUCAAUAUUUUCAGUAGUGGACACAAGUAGAAGUACAUGUGACAUACUUGUUCUUUCUUACAGCUCCUGAGAUACAACAUGUUGUCUUUUCAGGCGCCACUCUUCAUCUUGACGUCAUCCUGCUGCUUCUUUUUCACUUCUGGCAGGCCGGCAGGUACUCACCUGCGGAGCAUGGACAGCUUCAUCCACGCCGUGCAGCAGCUGGAGGAGUCCAACCCGGGUCUGUCCGCCCUGGCGCUGGUCAGAGCCCUGCGGAGGACUGCGGGCCAUGACGACGCCAUGACCAUCCACUUCCUGGGUGCUUCGUAUAACCUGAGUGACGCCGCGGGCCUGGAGACCUCCAUCCUCAACGCCUCCUCUUUCAGCUUUUUCGACAAGGCCAUCCAUCACAUUGUGACAAAUAACGGCGAGGAGCGAGGGGUGGCCCUCGCCCCGGACGGCACCACGGUCGCCCUGGCGCCUUUACUGCUAGGAAUCGAGUCUGGACUCAAAGCAAAGCUGGAGGGGACUUUGGCCACCGGGCUCUUUCCUCUGACCUUAGGAAGGACGCUUGGAUUAGCCUUCCUCAGCCUCCAAGACAUCCCCUUAGCCAAUCGACUAGGGCCCGAUGGGUGCUGGGACAGCGUGCGGCGCCCCAAAGUAUUCAAGCUCCAUUGGCCCGCCACGCCCGCCACCGAUGCCGUUAUUAACGGGGGGAUGGAUGGAGUAAUACUUGGCACGGACAUCAGCAAACCACCCACAGCUGUCGAGCCUCAUGCUCUCAGCCAGAUCCUGAACGCGUACUACAGUUUCACUCUGCGCAAGGGGCGGGGUCUUGAUAACGUCUCCGAACACGUUAGUCCGAGGCGAAGGGAGAUCUCGAGAUCCAUUCUGGAACCUCUUGACCUUCACAGUGAGGUGAUGGAGACGCUUGCGUUGGUGUGGAGGUUGGAGAAGACAGAAUGGAUCUCCAUGGACACCGGCAUCAAGAAGGCGGUUAAGGAAGGACUGGAGGCGUUUGUGCACAAGUACUGGGAUUGCCCUCAAAUCAUCCCUCGCUGCCAGUGGGGGGCAAAGGCCCACAGGGGUACGCCCAUCCCACUGUCUUUGCCCCUUGGCUUCGUCUACAUUCACCACACCUACGAACCUUCCCGGCCAUGUCUGUCCUUCCCAACGUGCGCCCACAACAUGAGAGCCAUGCAGCGCUUCCACCAGGAGGUGCGAAACUGGAGCGACAUCGGAUACAGCUUUGUAGUCGGGUCUGACGGCUACGUCUACGAAGGCCGUGGUUGGACCCUGCUCGGCACGCACACGAGAGGACACAACAGCCUCGGGUACGGCGUGUCAGUCAUCGGGAACUACACUUCCGCUACCCCAUCGCGUCACGCUUUGGACCUUCUGCGCCAUCGCCUGCCGCGCUGUGCGGUGGACGGAGGAAAGCUGGUGGCCAACUACACCAUCCACGGCCACAGACAGAUGGUGAACUACACUUCCUGUCCAGGGGAAUCCUUCUUUUCAGAUAUAAGAAGCUGGGAGCACUUCAAGGACUGAUAGGAUAUUGUCAAUACGCACCAGUGGACACCAUCGCCUUAUGCAACACAACACAUUUACGACCUGAUUUGCAUAAUCAGCAUAAGUUAAUUUCAUUUAUCCCUGUCCCAGCUUCUGGAUGUCAUUGAACGUUGCCGUAUAAAUGUUGGAUCGCUUCUUGCAUGGUUCAUUUACCGUAUGUAUAUAAGUGUAUAAAAGUACUACGUUACGCAAUGUAACAUGUGAAACUUGUAUUCUUCUGGUUGGGUAUUCUUUUGGUUGUGUCUAACGUGCCACCACGGCGGCCUUUGGUUUUGAUUGGCCUUCUGCACAUUCUCAAAAGUUUCUUCCAAGUAUCGUUAUCACUGUAGGAGUAGAGGACAAGGAAUGGCAUGCUACACACACCGAGCAGGACGACACAAGAAGCUAAACGCUAUAGUUUGAACGUAAAGUAGGGGUGAUCGAUCCAGAUGUCGAUACUAUCGAUACCUAGUAUAGUAUCAGUAUAUAAAUGAUACUCAAGUGAUCAGAUCGAUAUUUUUUUUAUUGUUUUUGUUUUUAUUAUUACACAUUUUUUUGGGGGGUGUUUAAUGUUUCCUGGACACAGGAAGGCUUUCAGAUUAAAACCCAAAUUAUUUAAAUGAGAACCAGUAGUAUUUUUAGUUUAGGUUAUUCACUAGCCAUUUUAUCCUGUUAAAAAAUAGUGCGAAGCCCUCAAAUUCCACACAUCAUCGGAUUUAUAACAAUACUG